GAGUUGGUGAGACUUGAGAGUGGUAUUCUACUCAGUGUUGCUCUCCGUCCUCCUCCAUAGCAACUUCGGCUAGAACAGCGUGCGUGUCUGCCGCAGUGCCUUCGCUCUCCAAAUACCCGUGCAGCUUGCGAACACCGGGCGUCGGCGGAUUCAUUGAUGAAGUGCCAAUGUGGUGGUGCAGUGAUCCUUGCGGUCUCCUUGACUCACACUGGGUUAGGAGCUCGGGUUGCUCUCGAUGCGCUUGCUGCUGAAGAAAGCAGAGAUGCAACUGUUUCCGGAGAGGGCGGUCCCUGGCAGCCCGGCAUGCCACCGUCCUCAUGGCAUGCCCCUCCACCAUUCUGCGCAAAUUUUGGCCGCAGCGUGAAACAAACAGCUCAAUGCAUAUUCAAAGAUGGAAUGACGCAUGGAGGUUGGCAUGGAGAAUUCCCGUUCAUCGCGGGCCCCGACAUGAUUCUCUCCAGGAACGAGUGGGCAGCUCGAGUCGGCAGUACGCACGCCUCGAUGGUGAUAUUCAUGGCGAUGGCGACGCAGGAGGACCACCACGCCGACGAUCCGAACAGUAUCGACUGGCAAGACUGGGAUCACUUCCUCGAAAGUGCCGAAGCGGCGGGAGGUCGGAUGAGUCCAAGCGCGUUUGGUGAUUACGUCGCCGCACGCGUCACGGCUGAGCUGAUAUUCGAGGUGGUCGGGUAUUUGGCGACCAGUCCCAGCGGAAGCCAGGCUGACCAGUGCGUAGGUCCCCACACAUACCUCCAGGGAAUCCCAUACUUCCUCUAAUUGUGUAGAAUCACGGCUGAAUAUGUGGUCGAGUUUUCGGUUCCCGAGGGCCUUUGCUUGGCCUUUGGCAAGUCGGACAAUGGCUCGGGAUCUGGGGUACAGGUCGAGACCUCCGCGGCC